GAGAGAGAAAGAGGGAGAGUGGCCCAUCAAUGCUGUGACCAGGCAUCGAAGCUCAAACACACACCCCUGUCCCAACCGAGGAGCACACCAUUCGGGCAAGAUCGACAGUUCAUGGGACUCACCCCCAGUUCCGACUAAAAAACAGACACGGCUACAAAGUGCUUCCAUCUCGAUUUGAAAGUGGACCUAACACCGCCUUACUUUCUUGACAUGGGCGACAUGGGGGAUCCGCCGAAAAAAAAAAGAUUAAUUUCAUUGUGUGUUGGAUGUGGGAAUCAGAUUCAUGACCAAUACAUUUUGCGGGUGUCCCCCGACUUGGAAUGGCAUGCUGCCUGUUUGAAGUGUGCCGAAUGCAACCAGUAUUUGGAUGAGUCUUGUACCUGCUUCGUCAGAGAUGGGAAAACGUAUUGUAAAAGGGACUACAUCAGGUUAUAUGGAAUAAAGUGUGCGAAAUGCAACAUCGGCUUCAGCAAGAACGACUUUGUCAUGAGAGCCCGCUCCAAGGUGUAUCAUAUCGAGUGUUUCCGAUGUGUGGCCUGCAGCCGGCAGCUCAUCCCGGGGGACGAGUUCGCUCUGAGGGAGGAUGGCCUGUUCUGCCGGGCCGACCACGACGUGGUGGAGAGAGCCACCUUGGGGGCCGGUGAUCCCCUUAGCCCGCUGCACCCGGCGAGACCUUUACAAAUGGCAGCAGAGCCCAUUUCGGCCAGACAACCUGCGCUUCGGCCCCACGUCCACAAGCAGCCAGAGAAGACGACGCGCGUCCGGACAGUGCUCAACGAGAAACAGCUCCACACGCUGCGGACCUGCUACAACGCCAACCCCAGGCCCGAUGCACUUAUGAAGGAGCAGCUGGUGGAGAUGACAGGUCUCAGCCCCAGAGUCAUUCGCGUUUGGUUUCAGAACAAGAGGUGCAAGGACAAAAAGCGGAGUAUUCUUAUGAAGCAACUUCAACAGCAACAGCCCAAUGACAAAUCGUAUAUCUGGGACUAUAUGCAGAAUAUCCAGGGGAUGACCGGCACUCCCAUGGUGGCCACCAGUCCGGAGAGACACGACGGGGGUUUACAGGCGAACCAGGUGGAGGUGCAAAGUUACCAGGCGCCUUGGAAAGUCCUCAGUGACUUCGCGCUACAGAGUGAAAUCGACCAGCCAGCAUUUCAACAACUGGUGAAUUUUUCCGAAGGAGGACCAGGGUCCAACUCGACCGGGAGCGAAGUUGCCUCCAUGUCGUCGCAGCUCCCCGACACGCCCAACAGUAUGGUGGCCAGUCCCAUAGAGGCCUAGCUAGGACACCUGGAUGCUCUCUCCUCCUCUUUAGAACUCCGUGAGUCGAGGGGGACUGGUCCAUUUGAGGAGUCCAUACACCAUCCGCCAUGCACGGCGACCAUCCUCGAGAACACACAGCAACCAGGCCGCCCGCUGUGUAUGGCGCGUGAACAACCCCGGUUGCAUUAAUACACUGUGAAGACAAUCAUGGGAUUUUAAAAGGCGCUCGGAUCCACAGAUACGACUCGAGUGCACCUGCCGAGCGUUGCAAAAAUAAAACAUGAAAACAAAACAAAACAAAAAACAAAGUACCGUGUGUGAGACGAUUUAGCGUUCAGAUGAUUCAGCUGGUUAACAGAGCUAUACCAGAGUGUACCAGAUGCAAGAUGCAGAGAGUCGGACCGUCCUGGCGCAUCAUGCAGCAUGGAGUUGCGCUGCAUCCAUUGCGUCAUGGGCAUGGAACGCUGUGGGUUGGAACUGAUGUUUGCAACAGUUUUGCCAAAAGUACCCACGCUGUAUCAUUUUUUUUAUUUUUUACAUUGGGUGGAUCUCUGUGAUAGCCUUUACUGCGAAAGACGAUUUCCCUCCACAGACCCAUUUGCUGGCAGAGACGCCAGUAUACAUGCCUACAACAUCACCAACCAGACACUGUUGAUUAUUUUCUGUUGCAGCUUGGAGUUAAGAUAGGGCCGCAAAUAGCCUCUAGCAUUUGGGAGGAUAGGCGGAGGUCGGCACCUUUCACCAGAUUUUUUUCUUUACCUUUUUUGUUACACGGCCUCAGUUGAAGCCCAAGUACUAAAGCAUUGCAACAAGGUAUACCUCUAUUUUGCCACAAGCUUGGUGGGAAUUUUAUGUGUUUGUGUCCGUCCAAGAUCUUUUUUUCCCCAAAGAUGUGUAUAGUUAUAAGUUAUAACCAUUGAUUAGCCCUGGAAAAAGGUUACUUUUUUGUUUGUUCCUGUGAUACAAAAUAAUAAUGAUAAUAAUUUAUUAUUUAUUGUCGAAAGACCUGCCACUUUUGUGUACCUUUCUUUGCUGAAGUAAA